CUUUUCCUCGUCUUGUCGUCGCCUGACUCUUCCAUCGCCGCCGCUCUAUCGCCUUUCUAAUCCUCCUCCCUCUUCUCCCCCACCCGCCUCCCCAGCUCGGAUUCGAUCGAUCCGGUUCGAACUUUUGGUGGAUUGGAGUUUUCUCUCCCAAUCGCGUUCUCCUUACCGGAAUCAGAUCCCUUUUCGGGGUUCGUCCAGAGAUCUUGAUCCUGGAAACUUCGAGUCGUUCGAUUCUAAAGAGGAGGUGGUGAAUGAUGGCCGUAAUAGGAAUCCUUCGUUGAGGCUUUCUAGCUAGCUUAGCUGCUCAUGAUCUGGGAGUUGGUGUAAGGGAGAUGUUCGUUAGCCGGCCGGCGGUACACCCUGUGGAGGCGCCGCCUCUUACGGAUGCGGCCGAGAACCCACCCAGGGUGAGGAUGAAGGACAUCCAGGGCAUGCCGGGGACGCCUGGGGGCCUCGCCCUUCGCUUGUUCCAAUUCGCGUUCGCGGUUGCCGCGCUCGGCGUCAUGGUCUCCACCAGCGAUUUCGCCUCCGUCACCGCCUUCUGCUAUCUGGUUGCAGCAGUCAUCUUACAGUGCUUGUGGAGUAUCUCGUUAGCCUUUCUGGAUAUAUAUGCUCUUCUAGUAAAACGCUCAUUGAGGAAUUCCCGUGCUCUCUGUCUGUUUACCAUUGGAGAUGGGAUCACAUCCACACUGACAUUUGCAGCUGCCUGUGCAUCGGCCGGCAUUACAGUACUGAUCGGUAAUGAUCUCAAUGUAUGCUCACAGAAUCACUGCACAAGCUUUGAGACUGCCACGGCGAUGGCUUUCAUCAGUUGGUUUGCAGUCUCCCCAUCAUUUCUGUUGAACUUUUGGUCAUUGGCAUCGAGGUGAAGGGCAAGAAAUGACUCAUGAUUUCCUAUUGGUGUGGCCUUGAAGUCUUUCUUCUUUUCCUUCCUCUGAUCAACAGUUAAGCUCCCCAUUGCUGUCAUUUGUAUAGUAUGAUAAUGUGGGUGUGAAUUACGCAACAUAACAGAUCAAAUGUAUGAGUUUUGGCACUCAUGGUUUGUUGAUUAUUAGGCAUCGGCCUCUUUUUGUCUCC